AGACUCGAGCGCAGAGUGCGGCAUAUACACACGCGCUUCUGCUGCAGGUGAGAGGCGCGCGCUGGACAGAGGAACCGUCCUCGCGCUGGAAUUUUAAUACCACAUUCCUAGCAUCUCUGCCAGGAUUAUAACUCCGUUAUUGUUCAGUUUUGCAUUUUGCCUUAACGCUGAACGGCACUGCGGAGAUUUUCCCCAUUUUUUUUUCGCUCUCUGGUGCAAGUGAGAGAACUAUUAGACGCUGAGUGGACUGGAGAAAUCUGUGCGCGCGGACACGGCACACGGAUAGCACAGAUCUUUUGCGGCUUAUAACCACAGCACAUGAAGUUCUGAUAUUUCAGUUUCUAUUCCGUAUGGUGGGAUAUCAUCUGGAGAGGAGAGUUCGCAUUUGGGAAGGCUGGAUUUAAAACCUCAUCAGUUGAUUGCGCAAUGGAUUGAAUAUCUGGCUUCGAUGAUUUUAAUGAAGACUCGGCGAUGUCAAGUCAUGGCAAACACGGAGUAGUCUCAGCAAGUAAUUUAUGGCAUGUUUAUUUCAAGCUUAAUACUGAAUGAAUUUGUGAAGACUUUCUGUCAGUGCUGUGUAUAUGUUUGAGAGAAAAACCUAUUUAUAAAAAAAGAGGAAUUGCGCGAGUCUAGUCUGAGCGGGGGAAAAAAACAGAUAUGCGCUAGUUUGGUUACCACAUAGAGGUGCCCGGUUGUGAAAACGCAUGCAGUGAGACAGGCGCGUUAACACAAGCAAGAAAAAGCUGUUAAACAGAAUUCACGUUCAGUUUUGCUGGAAAAGCCGCCAGGAGCUAUGAGGACUACAGGCAUUGUGGACUAUUUAAGCUACUGCUUUCUUAUUCUGCAGCUGCUGAGUCAGCCCGCAGCCAAGCAAGUGCUCCGGUACCGCCUGGCUGAGGAGGGUCCUGCCGAUGUCCGGGUAGGUAAUGUAGCCGCGGACCUCGGCAUCACGGCAGGCAUGGACGUGACUUUUACAUUAGAAUCAGGCUCCGAGUACUUCAAAAUCGAUAACAUGACCGGAGACCUCAGCACAAACGAGCGGCGAAUAGACCGCGAAAAGCUGCCGCAGUGUCAAAUGAUUUUUGAUGAGAACGAAUGUUUUAUAGAUUUCGAAGUGUCUGUGAUAGGACCCGCGCAGAGCUGGGUUGAUCUCUUCGAAGGCAAAGUGAUUAUUUUAGACAUUAACGACAACACGCCGUCUUUCCCCUCACCUGUUCUCACGCUCUCCGUUGAAGAGAACCGACCCAUUGGCACACUUUAUCUCCUGCCCACUGCCACCGACAGAGAUUUUGGUCGGAAUGGAAUUGAGCGAUACGAGUUAAUUCAGGACAACGGCGAGAGCACUGUCAGGCGAAUCGGCACUUCCGGCUCGGGCAGUGUUGACAGUCACUCGGGCAAGCGGAGGUUCGACGAGGGAGCAAGCCGUAGCAGCGUCUUUGAACUUCAAGUUGCUGACACCACAGACGGCGAGAAGCAGCCGCAGCUAAUUAUCAAAGGGGCUCUGGACAGAGAACAGCGCGACUCCUAUGAGCUGACUCUGCGGGUUAGAGAUGGGGGCGACCCCCCACGCUCCUCCCAAGCCAUUCUGAGAGUAAUGAUCACAGAUGUAAAUGAUAACACCCCACGCUUUGAGAAAAGUGUUUAUGAGGCAGACCUACCAGAAAACAGUUCCCCAGGUGCCCCCAUACUCCAGCUAAAGGCAGGUGACACUGACGUUGGUGUUAAUGGACAGAUCGAGUAUGUUUUCGGAGCAGCCACAGAGUCAGUGCGACGACUGCUGCGGCUUGAUGAGAGCACUGGCUGGCUCAGUGUUUUGCACCGAAUUGAUCGUGAAGAUGUGAGCCAGCUUCGUUUCACAGUCAUGGCACGUGACCGUGGUCAGCCUCCUAAAACUGACAAGGCGACAGUGAUCAUAAACAUCAAAGAUGAAAAUGACAAUGUCCCAAAUAUUGACAUCCGAAAAAUUGGACGCAUCUUUCUGAAAGACGGCGUGGCUAAUGUGGCAGAGGAUGUGAUUGUCGAUACACCCAUUGCUCUCGUGCAAGUGUCAGACAGAGAUAAAGGACCAAACGGUAUAGUGACAUGCACUGUAGUGGGUGAUGUUCCUUUUCAGCUGAAACCUGCCAGCGAGGUCGAAGGUGACAUGAAUAAAAAGAAGUACUUUCUCCACACAUCAGCACCACUUGAUUAUGAAGCCGUGCAGGAGUAUAACGUGGUCAUUGUUGCCGUGGACUCUGGGAGCCCUAGUCUUUCUAGCAACAAUUCACUAAUAGUGAAGGUGGGGGACAUGAAUGACAAUCCACCAGUUUUUAGCAAAAGCACAGUGGAGGUUUCAUUUCCUGAAAACAAUGCUCCCGGUGAGCGUGUUGUCACAGUAGUGGCCUUAGAUGCAGACAGUGGCAAAAAUGCUGAAAUCUCCUACUCCCUGGACUCCUCUGUGAACGGAAUAUUUUCAAUUGAUGCAGACACAGGUGACAUCCGUGUCAACACCAUACUUGACAGGGAGCAGACGGAACGAUAUGAGUUCAAAGUUAUCGCCAAAGACAAAGGCAUGCCAGUUCUGCAGGGCUCAGCCACGGUGGUAGUUUUGGUGGCAGAUAAAAAUGACAAUGAGCCAAAGUUCAUGCAGGAUGUGUUCACUUUCUAUAUACAGGAAAACCUUCAACCCAACAGUCCUGUUGGCAUGAUUACAGUCAUGGACGCUGACAAAGGGCAAAAUGCAGAUAUGAGUCUGUACAUUGAGGAGGAGGAGAACAUUUUCUCCAUUGACAACAACACAGGUACCAUUUUCUCAAACAUGGCUUUUGAUCGUGAGCAAAGAAACAAUUAUUCAUUCCGUGUCAAAGCUGUUGAUGGUGGCGAUCCACCUCGGUCUGCUACGGCCACGGUAUCUCUCUCUGUAAUGGAUGUAAAUGACAAUCCUCCCACUGUUCUUUUUCCAAUGAAUAACUCAUACACGCUGCUCCCACCCUCUAGCAACAUAAGGACAGUGGUCAGAACGGUCUCUGCCACUGAUACUGAUACAGGUGUUAAUGCUAACCUUAGCUACAGGAUUGUUGGCGGCAACCCGUUUAAACUGUUUGACAUGGAUGCAUGGACAGGAGUCAUCUCAUUAGUUGGCAAACUAGAGCAAAAGCACUUUGGCCUUCAUCGUUUGGUCGUGCAAGUGAAUGACAGUGGGGUUCCAUCCCAAAGCACCACCACAUUAGUUCACAUCUAUGUCAACGAAACGCUCUUCAACUCCACUAUCGUAGAGGCACAAGUUGCCAAAAGUCUCAGUACCCCGCUAAAUGCUGACAUUGCAGGAGACCCCAACUAUGACUUGGGAAAGCAACGGCUCAGCAUUGCCAUAGGGGUCGUGUCAGGCAUCAUGACAGUCAUACUUAUCAUCCUUGUGGUUGUCAUGGCCCGCUACUGCCGUCCCAAGAACAAGAAUGGCUAUGAGGCUGGAAAAAAAGACCACGAGGACUUCUUCACACCUCAACAACAUGAUAAAGGCAAGAAACCCAAGAAAGACAAGAAUAAGAAAAAGUCUAAACAACCUUUAUACAGCAGCAUUGUAACCGUUGAGGCAUCUAAGCCAAAUGGACAACGCUAUGAUGGCGUCAACGAGAAACUGUCGGACAGUCCUGGAAUGGGCCGAUAUCGCUCGGUCAACGGUGGCCCUGGAAGCCCAGAUCUUGCUCGCCAUUACAAAUCCAGCUCACCCUUGCCCACAGUGCAGCUGCAUCCUCAGUCGCCCACGGCGGGAAAAAAGCACCAGGCUGUUCAGGACCUGCCACCGGCGAACACAUUUGUCGGCACUGGAGAUAACAUAUCCAUCGGAUCAGACCACUGUUCUGAGUACAGCAGCCAAACCAUCAACAAGUACAACAAACAGCCGUUCCGCCGAGUGACCUUCUCGGUGGUGAGCCAACCCCAGGACCCGCACCAGGGCUCGCUGCAGAGUUGCUACGACAGUGGCCUGGAGGAGUCGGAGACGCCCAGCAGCAAGAGCUCGUCCGGCCCCAGACUAGGUGCCCUCCCUCUACCCGAAGACGCCUAUGAGAGGACUACGCCCGAUGGCAGUGUCGGUGAGGCAGAGCAUAUGGAAAAUGACUCUCGGCCCCUGCCUGACGUAGCUAUGACGGGCAAAUGCACGCGGGAGUGUGACGAAUACGGCCACUCGGAUGCCUGCUGGAUGCCUGUGCGCACCUCGCCUGAACGCAGGCCCAAGGCCACCCCUCCCAAACUCUCCACCUUCAUGACCUCCCCCGGAGGCAGCAUUGCUGACCAGCCUGGCAGCCAGGAGACACUAGCUGUUGCCAACGGUGACCCCUCACAUCUGCUGGGCGACCGUAACCGUAAUCUCCUGAACAAGAAGAUGGCAUCCUCCUCCUCAUCCUACGACGCGUUUAGUUCUGCUGGAUUUUCCGCCAGCGAGGAAACAUCUCGCCCAACUGAGGAGAUCCCGCUAGCGCCUACGGGUGAAUACAAGCCGACGCAAUGCGGAACUCUGACCAGGCGGGAAGUUUACCUGUAAACGACACACACCGACUAUACGACGGGACGAUGACAGUGACUCAGCAUGGUCAGAGAUGCUGUUAGCAAACCAAACCCUAAGACUAAAAAAGCGACAUGGAUUUUCCUAAAACUGCUUGCGCAACAAAACUGAAAUCGAGUAGAAACCAUGGAAUAACAUGUUGUUAGAUGUGUGUGCGCGCAAAGGAUGAGUUGGAGGAAGGGGGAAGUGGCCGAGGUGGAGAGAGGGGAAAGCUGGUGGAUCAGUGCUACUUUUGCUGCUAGCGUAUCGGGCCCUGUAGACUUCCCCAAAGUGCUGCCUGGUUUCUCUAGACCUCUUUAUAAACAUGCAUGCAUCAUCUAGCCCCUUAAGAGUGUGUGUGCCCCUUGAGAUGGAUCUGAUGGACUAUAGCUUUUUGUCUUUAGUUUUAUAACUGUUGCUAUGGGAACCGAGAAGAUGUUCUGUCUUUUAAUCGUUUUUUUUUUUUUUUUUAUGUGGAUGUAUUCUGUCCAUAUGCAAUCAGUCAAAAGACUGAACUGUCCUCUCUGGACGACCAAUCACAUUAACAAAGAAGAUGACUGGCUAACGAUGGACAACAAAUUCAUCAUUGAUGAUGUCAGAGUGCUUGUUACUGUAUGUCGUCAUUAACUUUAGCCUUUUACAAGGGUUUGUAGAUACAAAAAUGGCGCAAGUGAACAGCGUACGCGCUGUAAACGAUGAACUCACAGUGCGAGAAGCAAGUUUACCUGUGUGCCUAUCAACCUCACUUAUACCCGUGAAGGAACACAAGCAUACACAGAUCCACUAAUGCACGUUUUUUUGUCGUGUGGGUGAAGUAUUGUACAUGUAUAAAUAUAUAUAUAAUAUAAAUACUGUAAACAUACUCUUGACACAUACAUCAAAAUCCCGUAUCCAUCCCGCUCCCAUACACCCGUGGAAGUAGAUGGAGGUUCUGAACAUGCUGGAGAUUAUCAGUUAUAUGCCAUGGGUUUGUGCAAAUGUGGCUUAUCCUUCUCUAAAUGUGUGAAACUAUGCUUAUUUUGUGGUCUGAAACAGUAAAACACACACACACACAAACAAAAUAGAUCCCCUCGCGUUGUAUAUACACAUUAUAAUUAUCCCAUAAAGCCACAGGAACACUAUUUGGAUAUGCUGCUGGGGUGAAUUAGUCUAAUAAUAUCGCCCCGCUGAAGAGCUUGGGCUGGCCCUGUGUAACAUUCCUAGUAUGAAUGUUAAAUAGAGCAAUAAACUCAUUCAACAGAUUCAAUCUCACACGCUUCAGAAGAGUAAUCAAGGAUGAGAACUCGUGUCCCUCGUGUAGCAGUCAGAGUCAACCGAAUACUUGUACAAUCACAUUCAAAGUUCGGCGACUACCAGCACGACAGGAGCGAUUCCGAUGUGACACACAAUGCCGCUGUAUUACCAAAGUAUCGGGAACAACGUGACAUGAUGUCUCAAAGAACUGGGACAGGAAAGCUCCUUUUUUUUAGGUCACAUGUUGCUUUAAUUACCUUCACGUACGAUUCGGUGGCAUGUGUGGAAUCCACAUGCACACUAACACAUGCAUCUUGGGCCUAUCCCAAAUCAAGGAGUAAACUUACAGUAGGAGUCAUCACGCUUUUACAAACGGUGGUAAAUUAUUCAAAUGCAAUUGAGUAGUUUUGUUUAUUUUUUUGUAUGUUAACGAUUCCUUGAGUUUGAAUGGACUGCCUUUUUUCGCAGCUUCCAGAUCUGUAGUCUGUAUGUACUACUCGUGUUUAAAAGAAGUGCUCUGAUGCUUACAAACUGUAUACAUAGAUAUGUACUUUUUAUUGCACGUUUAAAGGGAAUCUACACUUACUAUGAAGAAGAAGAAAAAAAAAAGUGUACAAAUAUCAUACCCUGUGAACAUGGAAGUCCACUGCUUGCGUUUGUUACAAACAGACACUAGACAUUGUAGUAUGACUAUGUAUAUUGAUUUGAC